AGAUAAUAUCCCAAGUAUUAUCUGCUUCUACGUCAAAGAUAUACAUUAUCUUUAUUGUUGGGUUUUAAAUUAAUGCAGCAAUAAGUCGGUGUGAAGAUCUCAUAUGAGGUCGUGAUGAGUUGCAGGCUUUGAUAUAUAAUCAACCCAAAUGAACUCUGUAGAAACCUUGGUUUUUGCCAAAUUUGUUUCAGUUCCCGUCAAGUUUUUAUGGCCUCCACAGGGUGUGUUAUAAUUAAACAGGUUUAGAGGGUAAUUAGAUAGCUUGUGAAGUUCCCAAAAUAUUCAUUACUCUUCUUCAAAGACUUCUGUAUAUAUUUGUCAUUGGGAGUUAUAGUGGGGCAUAUUGUUUCUUGGUAUACUCAGAUAGUAGUGAGAACUAAAGGAGAAACUAGUCUGAACUCACAAUAGGAUACAGUACUUAUCAUCAACGAAACCUGGCAGUCCUAAACGUAGUAAUACAGGUUUAUUAGUUCUUCUCCAUCUCAAAGAAAAUUUGAUAUUAGUGUGCUAUUCCUACAGAGUGUUACAGUGUCAUCAAACUUUCUUUCUGUGUUUUAGUUGGAUUAAGCAGCUCUAAUUGCCAAAUUGAAAAGGAUCCAUAGCCAAAACUCAAUUAGGAGUCUGCACUUGGUUGGUAUUUGUGUUUUUAGUGUAUUGGUUGGUAUUUGUGUUUUUAGUGUAUAGAAAGAAUGAACGUUAUGGGUGGUGAUUUUGAGAAUGGAGAGAAUUACCAGCCCGUGUACUCCCCAGGGAAGUGCAAUGAUUGUGAAGUUGAGGUGGUGGAGGCAGGAACAUUUGAGCCUUCAAAGCAUUUUUAUCCUAGGGUAUUGAAUGCUCAGAUUAAUCCCUUAGUUAGAGCUUUUCUUACACUUGGCAAUGAGAGAAUAGGGAAGAGGUUUUGCCACCUGCAUCCUGAAGCAGAUUCUGCAGCUGUGGCCAGAGUUCUUAACCAAUCUACGAGGUUCUUUCAUUGGGGAGGUGCAGAUCUAUUUCUAACAACCACAGACCAUGGACAGAAACGAAUGGUAGUAGUAGAAACAAACUCAUGUCCAUCGGGCCAGAAAUCCAUGCCCCUGGUAAAUGAAGAGAUGGAACAUGCUGGUUACCGUACCCUCCUAGAAAAAUCCUUCAUGCCCCAUCUUUUAUCAAACACAUACAAUGGAAACCAACUUCCCAAGGGAAAACUAGCCGUUCUCUAUGAUAAAAAUAAGAUGGAGGCCUCAGGUUAUGCAGCUGUCCUUGCAGACCUUGCUAACGAGCCUGUGUACUUGACACCCUGUUAUGCCGAUGAUCUCAAUCCAAAGAUGCGAGUUAGAGAAGAUGGCAUCAUAGAAAUCUGCACCACCCGGGCUGUUAUGCAUAAUAAAAACAAUGACAUGGGAAGCAAAAAUGGUAAUGAAAACGACAGCAGCGACAACAAUUACAACUAUGAAGACAAUAACACUAAUAACUGCGACAACAAGAAUAGCAGUAAAGACAACAUGAACAACAUCAGCAACAACAUAGGGAAUGCCUCUAAUGAAUUUGAACCUCGUGAGGUUUGGGAGCCUGUGAGAGCUGCAGUUAGAUAUGUAACUCAGAGGCCAUGGACUAGAAUUCCUCCUAUUACCAGGACUCUGGUUUUCAAUCCUGUUUUGGCCUGUCUAGCUGGGGGACGAAAUAAGAUGCUGGCAGCAAAAGCUUAUGAUAUCUAUAAUGCAGAAAUUGGAUCAUCUGGUCUGUGUAUAUAUACUCCAGAAACAAUCUGGGAUGUGACCAAACCUGAGAUCCCACUUUGGGUGAGGAGAAUGGGAGGUCUUGCAGUGGUAAAGGUUCCUUAUGCUAAUGCUGGACAGGGAGUCUGGACUAUCACCAGUGAAAGUGAAUUGAAAGAGUUCAUGGACUUGGAGCAUCGUUAUGACCGUUUCAUAGUUCAGGCUCUGAUUGGAAAUAAUGGAUGGAGCUCUGUAUCCCAGCAUGGGAGAUUGUAUCAUGUGGGAACAAUACCCAAUCUCAAGGGCAAUAUAUAUGCUGCAGAUCUGAGAUUGAUGAUAGGAUCUUCAUGCCAAGGCUUCUUCCCUGUGGCUAUAUAUGCACGCAGAGCUCGCCUCCCCUUAGCUGCGAAACUAGAUGGAGGAGUAACCCCUUCUUGGGAUAUGCUUGGAACUAAUUUAUCUGUUAAGAAUCCUGAUGGAUCUUGGGGAACAGAAACAGAGAGACUGUUGCUAAUGGAUAGCAGAGAUUUUAACCGGAUAGGCAUAGGGCUCGAUGACCUUAUUGAAGCUUACAUGCAGACUGUUCUUGCUGUCAUGGCAAUUGAUGGUUUGGCUUGCAAGCUCAUCACACCCAAGGGAUAUUUUGGUCUGAAGUUGUUUCAGUCACUUAACCCAGAUCCCAAGCUGCUUUCAGAAAUGUAUUCAACACAGCUAAACCCACCCUUGCUUCCUUUGGGAGGGGCUAAAGUGGUUUCCAACAAUGGCAGUACAAAAGAAGAAGGUAAAAGUUUAGCAGGCGCGCCAUCCUUUACAGAAGAAAGAUUGGCAGCUGAAUUAGAGGCCCAAGUUGAUAAAGCACAAUCUCAAUCUCAGAAACCUUUGGCAAGACGUCCCCCUCCAAUGCUCCGAGCUUUUUAACAAAUGGAGCAUUGCCCAUUCAUUUGAACGGGAGACAUUGAAUGCAUGGUUUUAAAAGAGUAUGAGAAAAAACGAGGUUAUAUAAAUAUAAUCUCUAUUAGAUUAUAGAACUGGAAUAUGUGGUUAUUUUAGGCUGGGCUAAUGGAGUUAAUGUGCAUUGCUUCUGGAAUUGAUUGUGUAAGUUAUUUUAUCUUUCAUGUUUUGGAUCAAACAUAAUGUGUUUAAUUAAACUGGUCAAACAUAAUGUGUUUAAUUAAACCGGUUUAAUGGA